AUGCCUCAUGCCACCGUUAAGGAUCUGAUGCAUCUCUUGAGUGUGUUUCUUGAGAACGCGCUGCCCGAUCUUACGGACCAAGAGCCUCCAAGCACUCCUGUCUCUCAGGACCAGUCCCCACAAGGUCUCGACAUAGUUCGACUGAAGCAGUUGAUGGCCAAGGUCAGCCACACCGAAGGUCAUUCGGCAGAAUCUUCAUUGGUGACCAAGCCUACUCAGUCUUUUCCUGAAAGCAAUGAGCAGCAAAAGAACGUUUCUAGACCAGAUGUAUUUGAUCUCAACAGUCCGAUCUGUACUACCCCGGAUGAUUUCAAAUCGUUCGAAAAAUGGACCGCAACACCCGAAUUCAAAAUGGUCAUGGAAACUUGGGACAAAGAAGCAUGCAAAUACAAAAUCGCCGAGCCGGAUAAGAGUAGCGGUGGCCUGGACGACUAUGCUAAAUAUGCAUUCGUUGUCCGUGAGCGUGUGGACCGAACUUCCGAGGAGGUGACGCCGUACAUAGACAUCAAAUCGGAAGGCCUGCGCGACGUACUUCGUGAGGUGCUGCACGACAUCAAAGCUAUUAGCCUGAUGGAGGACAAGCCAUCGAUCGAGCAAAACGUCCUUUUCCAUUUCCUCCCGGAUCUCGAAAGAUCUUCGGAGAACACAGAAAACAAUUUGGAUCAUCAAUCGGCACAUGCGCAGCAUCUUCACCUGCUCAUCUAUCACCUCAGGCACGCAUAUGCUCCUAUCUCGCAGCGUCUUGAGUCAAUGUUGCAGCACGGUCAUAUUACGUAUGACCUUCUCUGGGUACUUUUCAAGCCUGGUUGCCAUAUUUAUACCACAUGCAUUGGCACAAACGAGCCACGAUGUGUCAUAUUCGACGCAGGGGAAGAGAUAACACGAAAUGAUGAGACGUGGUUCAAUCUCGAAUGCCGAUUCAUUGACUAUGACGGCGGCAGAUUCGGCGAGGCCGGAAUCUUUCUGCGCGUGCCAAAGUUCCGAGGGUCAAAGCCAAUCGAGACUCUUGAGGCUUACCCUCUCCACCACCAUCCGAGUUCCGAGCAAGUCCAGAAAGACCUAAUCGCGAGAGGUCAAAAGUUUCGAGAUUUUGCUGGCUCGCACAUCCAGCACUGUAAAGGCAGCGCGUUCUUUAUGAACAAGGGAAAAGCUAUCAAAAUCAAGAUCGACAGUCGAGUUGCAGUGGACGCCGCAUUUUUCCAUGAAAUGCAGCCGAACUACUCCCGACCGUCUCUUCGCGACAUAGGGGUGAAAGAAAAAGACGGCAUUACCGUCUUUGACUUAGGUGCAAUGUUCAUGGAAGACCGUGAGCGAGAAAAGGAGAAAAUGCGAGGGGACGGUGUGGAUGCACAAAAGCUGAGCGAGGCCGAUUUGUUAAUCGCCUGUCCAACAGUUUGUUGUUUCAGUUUCAAGGAGAAAAUGUUCUUGGAGUGCGCAGUCAGUGCUCUUAGAGACGUGAACUGGUCACCUGAAUCAUUUGAUUGCCUGCAAAUUCCGCCAGAGAACAAGACACUCCUUCUAUCCAUGGCAAAGACCCGCUUGGGUCUGAUACCGACAGUACCCUUUGACGACGUAAUUGACGGAAAAGGUCAAGGACUCAACAUCCUUCUGGAGUAUGUCAGCAACUUGUUUAUGCACUAUAUUGGCUCGUCCGCCCUAACAUAUCCUAGUGGCCCACCCGGCGUGGGAAAGACAUUCACGGUUGAAGCAACCUCGGAAUAUUUCAAGCUGCCUCUUUACUCGAUAUCCGCAGGCGAGCUCGUUGUCGACCACGGGGAUUCCAAUGCGCUUGAGCAACAACUUGAAACUAUCUUCAAGAUUGCCAAUCACUUCAAAGCCGUGCUCCUCUUGGAUGAGGCAGAUGCGUUCAUGGAGCAGCGAACGUCGUACCACGAUGCUCAUAAUCGCCUGGUGACCGUUUUUCUGCGAAAGUUGGAAUAUUACCAAGGAAUCCUUUUCUUGACUUCGAAUCGGGGAAUUCAAUUUGAUGAUGCAAUCCUCAGUCGGAUCCAUUUGAUCACCAAGUACGAAGGCUUGAGCAAGGAAUUUCGAAGGGGUCUUUGGUCCACUUUUCUGGCCAAGGCACGAACAAUUCAAGGAUCUGCCGUGAUCGAGGAGCGUGAUCUCCGACGUUUGGAGGCUUUAGAAUUGAAUGGACGAGAAAUUAAAAACAUCGCAGCAAUUGCACAUGCUCUGGCUGAGGCGAACGCCAGCCACGUGAGCUACAAAUACUUGGAGUUGGCCGCGGAAUCGAAUCAGAAAUUUUCAAAGGAGUUUGGCAGAGAAAGGCCGACAGGUGGGAUGUAUGUCUAA